AUGGGAGAAUUCGACAGCCAUGGCCUCGACGAGGAUGCAUUUGGCGAGAACCCAGCAUUGUCGGCGUUGAAGACGUUUGAUGCCUUCCCCAAAGUCAAGUCAACCUACACCAGCCAGUCCGCUCGCGGCGGCCAGUUCACCUUAGCCCUCAUCAUCCUCUGCACCCUCCUCACCUUCACCGAACUGCGCACCUGGUGGAAUGGCACCGAGACACACCACUUCUCCGUCGAGCGCGGCGUCGGCCACGAACUCCAACUCAACCUCGACAUCAUCGUCGCCAUGCAAUGCACCGACCUCCAUGUCAAUGUCCAAGACGCAGCCAUGGACCGCAUCAUCGCGGGCGACCUCCUCAUCAAAGAACCCACCAACUACGCCCUCUGGACUACUCACUCCCGCAAAGCCUCCACCGCCUACCAAACCGUCAACCAACGCACCCCCGACCGCAAGCUCGCCGAAGAAGAAGACUCCCACGUCGCCCACGUGCUCGGCCACAUGCGCGAGAACCCAACCCGCAAAUUCACAAAAUCGCCCAAGAUCCCCAAACACACUCCCUUAGACACCUGCAGGAUCUACGGCUCCCUCGAGGGCAACAAAGUCCAAGGCGACUUCCACAUCACCGCCCGCGGCCACGGGUACAUGGAGUUCGGCCAACCAUCCCACCUAGAACACAACGCAUUCAACUUCAGCCACCACAUCAACGAGCUCUCCUUCGGGCCGCACUACCUCAAUCUCCUCAACCCGCUCGACAAAACCACCUCGGCCACCGACGCAAACUUCUACAAGUACCAGUACUACCUCUCCAUCGUGCCUACAAUAUUUACAAAACGACGCAUCACCACCCCCUCAGGCACACUGGACCCAGCCGCGAUCCCGCAACCACCGACGCUAGACCUCCAGCCCGCAACGAAAAUCGACAAGGACGGCACGGUCCACCACGUCGCGAAUCCCGCCUUCCGACAGUCAUCCCACCACAACAGCAUCUUCACGAACCAGUACGCCGCGCAAUCACAGUCUCGCGAAGUGAAUCACAGCACCAUUCCAGGGGUGUUCUUCAAGUACGACAUCGAGCCAAUCCUUCUGAUUGUCGCGGAGCAGAGAUCGGGGUUUCUGGCGUUGCUGAUACGGUUGGUGAAUGUCAUGAGUGGUGUGGUCGUUGGGGGCGGGUGGGUUUUCAGUUGA